AUGGACAAAGUAUCGGAACCCCUCACUAAGGAAGAAGAGGAUAAAGUGUCCGAAUACAUUAAUAACGCAGAGGAACUUAUCGCCAGUACUACUGACCUGCUUCUUGAGUUGGAAAUGGCCAGAGCUAGCCAAGCGCCUCAUAGCCCUACAUCUCCAACACAUAUUGGAUCUCAUCCUUCACCAGAAGUUCCUGCAGCCACGAUAGAACUACCGCGGAUACCAAUACCGGAGUUCUAUGGCAAAAGUUGGCAAUGGGAUAGCUUCUGGGAGCUAUUUAACGCUGCGGUGCAUUCUCUACCGCUUUCAAACUUGCAAAAAUUCAACUAUCUUUUGAGAGCAUUAAAAGGAGAAGCCCGAGAAUCAGAAACUCGUUUUCAAAUCACUUCUGAAAACUAUCUACUAGCAGUACAGCAUUUGAAAGAGAGAUACAGCAACGUCCAGAAUAUAAUGACUGGACUACAUCGACAGCUGGAGCAGUGGAGUGCUAGGAGCCCACAAUUAAGGGACCAGCGAAAACUGUAUAAUCAACUGUCGGCAAUUACCACACAACUCGAAAGCAAAGGCGAACCUCUCGAUAGUCCAUGGCCGCUAUCAAAACUUCUUUCUAAAUUUACAGAAAGGAUUCAACGCAGCACGCUUAAGGAAAAGGUCUCUCUUCCAAGGAGAGACCUGGACAUUAAAGAAAUUGAGUUGAAUUUGAACCGGAGUUCCAAAUCAAAGAGCGGUCUCCCUUUUGUUUCUGUUGCGAUAGCAAAGAACAUUGGUCCACAAGAUGCACGAGAAUCGUGGCACCUAAAGCACGACUGGAACACUUAA